UUAUAUAUCAGAACAAAAAAAAAGACCAAGGAAAAUUCUCCAAAGUGCACUUUCGAGGAAGAUGAGCAAGUAUAUGUAACCAUUGACUAGUACUUCCAUUAAUAACCAAUCAUGAUCUUCUAAUGGCAAUUGAUAAGGAAGAAAAAUUGUGGUCUUGCUUGCUUUAUUUUUAUUUUUGUUUUCUGGUUUCUCCGUCUCUUUCACCAAGUCUUGCCACUAGUAAUACGAGUCAAGUGCGGGUCCAACAAACAAUGGACAAUAUCUUUAUUGUGGAAGACAAACAAAAGCUAAUAAUGUACUAUACUAAAUAGAUCAUCCUUCUGUAUGCUUUACUUGAAGGGAUCAACUCUGUUAGUUGUUUCCAAUUCUCCAUGACUUCUCAAGUCUUCCCAUUAUACUUCUACACCUUAACCAUCUUCAUUAUCCUCCUUACUUUGCGCGCCACAAAUGGUGCCGAAAACCCAUAUGAGAUAUGCUCGCAUCCAUUGUCACUGUUGUGUGGGAGCAUUCAUACCAAUGUCAGUUAUCCAUUUUGGGGGCUGGGGAGGCCAAAACGCUGUGGCCACCCAGCUCUUCAGCUAACAUCAUGUUAUAAGGAUUUUCCUGUAGUGAAAAUUGGAUAUGAUGGACUGAAUUAUGACAUACUUGACAUCCAAAAAUCGUCUCGAAAAACGAUCAUUCGACUCCGAGGCUACUCUGAGAAUCAUACCACUUGUCCUUUUCCUCUCAACAACAAAAUUUUUGAUAAGCUCUUUCAAUUCACUGAUAAUGUUGAGAAUGUUACCUUAUCCUACAAGUUGAAAGACUUGAGUUAUCCAGAAAUUAUUUCCAGAUGCUCUACUAACAGCUCAGACAGCCAUACCACAAUUUACUACGACGAGGCUGACAUGGAAGACGCCCAACUGACUGAAGUGAUCAAACGACUUAUGUCUUGCAAAAGGAGUAAAGUUCUUGUUCUUAAAAAAGAACUGAAUGCUUUUUGCCAAUCAGAAUCAAACAAAACACUUUAUGAUAUCUGGAAGCAGGGGUUCGAGGUGGAAUUUCAAGAAUCCCCAGCUUGUUCUGAGUGUCAAAUAUCUGGCGGGAUAUGUGGAUCAUCAUUAAAUAAUACAGAGGAGGAUGACUGCUUCCACAAGGACCCAAGAGCAGCCGCAGUCAAAUGUGGAUCAUCAUCAAAUGAUACAGAGGAUGACUGCUCCCCAAAGCACCGAAAAUCAGGAAAAUGGAAACUCAUCGUUGGCUUAGCCGUCCCAGGGGUUUUCUUGAUACUUCUAAGCGUUGUAGCACUUAAUGUUGGUUUAUGGUGUUACAUGAAACCCAAGCUCCGUUCUCAUACGCUACUGUCACGUAGACUUAGCUCUGAUCCUAUGAACUCAGACCUUGAAAUUGGCAGCUCCUUCUGUGGUAUACCAAUCUUAUCGUACAGUGAGCUCCAAGAAGCAACCAACAAUUUCGACGAGUCCCAAGAACUAGGAGACGGUGGCUUUGGAAUUGUGUACUAUGGGAAACUCAGAGAUGGGAGAGAAGUAGCAGUGAAGCGUUUAUAUGAGAAAAAUUACAAGCGGAUAGGACAGUUUAUGAAUGAAAUUGAGAUCCUUGCACGCUUACGCCACCCCAACCUAGUUACACUAUAUGGGUGCACCUCGAGAAAUAGUCGCGAGCUUCUCCUUGUUUAUGAAUUCAUUCGCAAUGGAACAGUAGCUGAUCAUCUUCAUGGGGAUCGAAAAGGGUCUGAAAUCCUCUCUUGGUGUAUCCGUAUGAAGAUUGCCACUGAAACAGCCACUGCAUUGGCAUAUCUCCAUUCUUCUGACAUCAUACACCGUGAUGUAAAAACAAACAAUAUCCUCCUUGACAACAACUUCUCUGUCAAAGUAGCUGAUUUCGGCCUCUCAAGGCUGUUUCCUGGUGAUGCCACCCAUGUCUCCACCGUACCACAAGGCACUCCCGGUUAUCUUGACCCUGAAUAUCGCAAAUUCUACCAAGUUACAAAUAAAAGUGAUGUUUAUAGCUUUGGGGUUGUCCUUGUUGAGCUGAUAUCUUCAUUGCCUGCAAUUGACCUCAGUAGGCAACAGGAUGAGAUUAAUCUAUCCGAUUACGCCAUGAAAAGAAUCCAACAUGGUACAUUAUUAACCGAGUUGGUUGAUCAGAAACUUGACUUUGAGUCAAAUUUCAAGGUGAAGAGAAUGAUAACUCUGGUUGCAGAGCUGGCAUUUCAGUGUUUACAACAAGAGAAGGAACUUAGACCAUGUAUGACUGAGGUUCUUGAGGCCUUGAAGCAGAUUGAAAAUGUCAAUUACGAGGAAUUGGAGGCAGAAUAUAUGGACCACUUUAUAGCAACAGCCAAGAUAGAAUCUGUGUCAGAGGAUAGUGAGACUAAGCCGCCUCCAGAAAAUUCAGAGCAGCCGCCAUCACCAAACUCUGUAAUAGUUAAUUGGGUUAGCAGGUCUAGUACUAACACCAGCAGCUAAAUUCUUUCCUACACGUACCAUGUAAAUAUUUUUUACUCCCAGUAGGUCUGUUGGGUUUUAUAAAACUGAAGAAGAAUAAAAGAAGGAAGAUGUGAUGCUAUUGUUGGUGGGAAGAUCUUGUUGCAUUGUCAACUGUCAAGGCAAUUGAUGCUUCUUUUGUGACGAAAUGCAAUGUACCAGUGAAUUGUACUUUCCGCAGUGGAUAUACAUGCGAGUUGAACAUGCACAUGAUGUUGCAAUUCCUGUUAUCAUGAACGAUAAAGAAAAAGCAUCCGUAAAGAAGAUGAUUUUAGUGAGCUUAUGGUCCAUACAAUCGUACCCCUCUAAGUUGGCCAUCAAUGAGUACAGUUACAGAGAAUCAGACAUGUAAAUGCCCAUCUUUUAGUAUUUGAUAAAGUUCUAAUUCUUUUUGCUUAACAGAAUGUAUUAUGUUUAUUCUUCAGCAUGAAAGUAUAUGAAUUGAGGUUUGAAACUCA